CGGUUUCAAGUGCAAGGAAGCGCGGCUCCCAGGCGCGGCGGGAGCCACCUCCCGUGGCCUCUUCCCGUUUGUUUGUUGCCGCUCCAGGCACGACGGAUGCGAGGCAAAAAAAUUGUUUCCUUCUCAUUCUCCUCCCAUCUCCUUCCCAAUUUUGAAUCAUUUAGUCCAAAAACUGUUAUUGUUAAUAUAUAUAUAUAUAUAUAUUGAUAGAUUGUAGGCAAGAAGGAUAUAUUCGUUUCCAUUAUCUUUUAUCUUAUAUACAAAAUUGCAAAGAUCGCCAACUUCCCUCUCCUCCUCCUCCUCCUCCUCCUCCUCCUCCUUCUAGUAUUGACAUCAAGUAAAUUGGCUUUAAGGAUUAUAAGCCAAAGGAUUGCAGCUUACGACCCUCCUCUCAAGCCAAUCUUCGAUGUCAACCCGCUUCGAAGAUGGGCUGAAGCUAACCACCAUUCCUCCGAGCACCUCCAAUCCAGAGAAAAACAAAAGAAUUUUAAUCUAAGGAGGAGGAGGAGAGCCAUGCAUCCUGCAAUCAUCCGUCGUCCCCAGUCCACACCUAUAUCAUUCAUUGGUCGCCAAUGUUUUCAGGAAGAAAAGGUUUUCGAGCAUUCAUGGUCGCAGAAGGGAUUAGCAGGUCUGGCAGUCAACAAUGCAUGCGAACAAGAGGGUGACAUGCUGCUAAAAGAGGCUUUGAGGGACAAGAUUCUCAGCUUCAGGGAUGUCCUUAAUUUGCCUUCUCAGGAUAAGCACACCACAUUGCAUGAGGUAUUGCUGGAAACUUUGGAGGACCUACAGAAAUUGUAUCCCAAGUGCAUGUCAUGCAUUUGUAUCUCUGAAGUUGAUCGCGAAUCUAUAAAUCAGAUAUUACUACAUCUCUACAAAGCCCUCAAAUUUGCUGGAAAUUAUUGGUCGGAAAAAUACAAUCAGUCAGAGAAAUUUGGAUUCAAGGAGGUAGACCUGAAAAAUUUUAGUUUCGAACAACUUGGUCAAGAAGUCCUUAAGAGACUGGAUUCCAUGAGCUCACAAGCAAAAGAAGUGUUUGAUCUCAUGGAAAAGAGCUCCAUUAAUAUCUCUAUGAUUGAGGGUGGGCAAGGCAAGUUAUACCAUUGUAACAAUCCAGUCACACCAACGUCAGUGCUCUCCCAACCGUCAAUAUGCAACUCAAGUCCCAAGGAAUUCUCAAACACUGCCUACGUACCACCUCUACUUCGCCCUUUAAGACUUCAAGCACUGACAAAAUUGAAGCCAUUAGAUGUCAAGAAUCUUUCCUUCCACAUGUUCCCUCUCACAUCUGAUCAGAGCUCCAAACCUUCACACCAAGCAGAAAAGAUAGACAAUGACCUUGAACUGGACUCCCCAGAGACACCAAUGAUUAUAAAUCCAUUUCCUUGUGUUGAGAUAGGGGAUGAUAGUCCUGUUUAUGGAGGCAAAACUCCACAUUUCACCACACCUGUCUCAACACCAACAUCUAAGCAUCUGUCAAUGAACUUGGGAUCAAUUUCAAAUGACCUUGACAAACACAGCGAGGAAGAUGGCAACAAGACUUCUGAAGCUACAAUACCAAUUCUACAAAACAUACCUUUCUUGCAUUUGAAAGCUCCACUUCCAUCACCAACUCCUACACCACCAUCAUCACCUAUGAUCCUAACUGGAGUACCCAUGUUCUUUCGAUCACAUAGCCAUCGACAAAUGGAAUUAGAACCUGUUGCAUAUGCCAUGACCAUAGAUGAUGAUGAUCAAGCUGAUAGCCAUAAACCUUCUGAAGCAACCAUGUUGAUCUCACAACCAUCCGCUGCUUCACCACCAUCAUCCAUUGCUUCGACAGAAGAAACCAUGUCACCAGCACCAACUAUCUUUCUACUAGAAGGCUCUGCACAACCAUCAUCUACUCCAACUCCAUGCAAUAUAUUUGCACCAACUCCUCCACUAGCUUCUCAACCAAAAAGCUUUGCAUCAUUAACAACCCCGGCACCACCCCCAACUCCCGUUGCAUUAUCAACUCAACCGCCACCUUUGCCAUCUCUAAAAGAAUCUGCAACCCCACCACCUCCUCCUUUGAGUGCAACAAAAGUAGGAUCCAUAUGCCCACCAUCUCCUCUAGGUAUACCAAACGCAGCUGGAGUCACACCCCCACCGCCUCCACCCUUGGGUGCAGCAAAACCAGGAUCUGCACCCCCACCACCUCCUUCCCUUGGUGCAGCAAAGGCACUACGUGCCAGAAAUGAUACCAAAUUGAAAAGAUCAUCUCAAAUGGGAAAUUUAUAUAGACUUCUGAAGGGAAAGGUGGAGGGGUCUAGUUUAAAUAGUCAAACAUCUGAUGGAAGGAAGAGUCAAGUUGCAAGUGGCUCUAGUGGUGAUCACAAGGCUCAAGGAAUGGCCGAUGCAUUAGCUGAGAUGACAAAAAGAUCAGCUUACUUUCAGCAAAUUGAAGAAGAUGUUCGAAAGUAUGCAACAACAAUUAUGGAGACAAAAUCUGCCAUUAAUUCUUUUAGAACAAAGGACAUGAAAGAGCUAUUAAAAUUUCAUCAGCAUAUUGAGCAGCAUCUUGAAAAUUUGACUGAUGAAACACAGGUGUUAGCUAGAUUUGAAGACUUCCCUUCAAAAAAAUUGGAGAACAUAAGAAUGGCAGCAGCAUUAUAUGUAAAGUUGGAUGCAAUAGCCACAACACUGAAGGGCUGGAAGUCAACAUCUCCUAUUGCCCAACAACUUGACAAGGUUGAAUCAUAUUUCAAUAAGAUAAAGAAAGAAGUGGACGUGAUAGAACGUACCAAAGAUGAAGAAUCCAAGCGAUUCCAAAUCCAUAAUAUCAUUUUCGACUUUGGUGUUCUUUUACGGAUUAAAGAAUCUAUGGUUGACUUGUCAUCAAAUUGCAUAGAAAUGGCACUUAAGGAGAGCAGAGAAGCAAAGGAAACCACUAAAGAAGCCAAAUCCAAACCAAAUGACCUGUCAAAGAUGCUGUGGAGGGCCUUUCAAUUGGCUUUUCGAGUGUAUAACUUUGCUGGUGGACAAGAUGAUCGAGCAGAUAGAUUGACAAGUGAAUUAGCUAAGGAAAUAGAGACUUGUCCUUAAUUUUGGUAUUUGUGCUCCUUGGAAAUAAGCUGGUAAAUAGUUUGGAUCUUGUUCUACUAUACAUGCAUGCAAUGGUGGAAACAUCAUUCGUAAUUAUUAUUUUGAGCUGGG